GACCUGCUGCGUCUUCUUGGCCUGGCUCUCGGGCUCUAGCCUAGCUGCUCUGCUCCCCGCUGUUCCUCCCCUCCUCUGAUUGCGUACCAGCUACCAGUAGCUAGCCAGCCCCAGCUGCGUCGCGUUGCGUCCUGCUCUCCUCGUCCUCUUUAAAGCACCCGGCCCGGCCGUCGUCUCGCCCCGCCUCCGUACGUGCGCUUCUUGGACUUGGUCCGGUCGGGCGGCGCUGCUCCAGGAGCUGCUCGGCGUGCUCCGUCGCCGCAUUCAUGAAUGCCGAAGCUAUAGCGGCCCUCCCUCGUCGCUCUUCCCAGGGAUGCCACGGUCGCCCGGGUCAUGGCAUUGCCAACCGCGGUCGUAGCCGGCGUUGCCGCGUCCGUCGCCGCGCUGGUGCUGCUGGCGGUCGCCGCCGCGCUCUGCUGGUGGCGGCUCGGGGCGCGCCGUAGCCGGACCUCAGACACCGCCUCCGACGAAACUCCCCCCACGCUAGCCGAGUGGGGCAGGUGCGGCCGCACGUCGUCGGCGCCGGACUACCAGGGCGCCAGGCGGUUCACGCUGGAGGAGAUGUCGCACGCCACCAAGAACUUCAGCGACGCCAACCUCGUCGGCGCCGGCACCUUCGGCAAGGUCUACAUGGGCCUCCUGCUCGACGGCACCGUCGUCGCCAUCAAGCGCCGCGUCGGCCCGCCGCGCCAGGACUUCGUCGACGAGGUGAGGAGGCAGUCGGAGAUCUGGCACCGGAACGUGGUGACCCUCAUCGGCUACUGCCAGGACGGGGGUCUGGAGAUGCUCGUCUUCGAGCACCUGCCCAACGGCAGCGUCUGCGGCCAUCUAUACGAUACCGGCAAAGAGUCGAUGACAAGGCUGGAGUUCAAGCAGAGGCUCUCGAUCGCCAUCGGAGCGGCCAAAGGCCUGGACCAUCUGCACAGCCUCGCGCCUCCGUUGAUCCACAAGGGCUUCAAGACGAGCAACGUGCUGGUGGACGAGAACUUCAUCGCCAAGGUGUCCGACGCCGGAGUCGACCGGCUGCUCAGAGGGCUCGAGGACCCCGGCUCGCCGCUCAAUGGGUUCCGUUCCGGCGUCUACCAGGAUCCAGAGGCACAUUCCUUGGCACAGCUCUCUGCGAGCAGCGACGUGUACAGCUUUGGGGUUUUUCUUCUCGAGCUCAUCACUGGUAGGGAGGCCGCCAGCUUGGUUUGUCCAGAAUCAACUGAAUCUUUCGCUCAUUGGCUGGAGGCAUCGGGAGACGAGGUGGCGGACCCGAGGCUUGGUGGCAGCUUCACCUCGGAGGGCAUGAAGGAGUUGGUCGGCCUGACGUUGCAGUGUCUGAGCCCGUCGGCGGUGAGGAGGCGGCCCAAGAUGCGGUUGGUCGCGGCGGAGCUUGACCGCAUCCUGGAGAAGGAGAUGACACUAACGACCGUCAUGGGCGACGGCACCGCCAUCAUCACCCUCGGGAGCCAGCUCUUCACGUCAUGAUCAUCCGAUAUUUGCUGCCACGAUCGAUAUUUUUGUGUUUCACGGUUCCUAAACUUUAGUUGCAUGAAAAUGAAUUGUGCGUUGGUCCGAUUCCCCAAGCAUCGAGCUUUAAUUGUAAAAGACGUGGCGUCGUCGGCGACGGGAAAUCCGAGGGUUGUCGGAUAUUGGUGAGGAUACAAGAGGAUUCCGCCGGCGCUGAAAAAAGGGGGAGAAGAGGGUUGACGGAUUUGGGUGUGGAUAGGCAGCGCGGGACGAUAAGGUGACGUCGGCUGCAAGUGGUGGGUGCUAGUCAGGUCAAUGGAGGCGGACGGCUCAUUAAUGGAAGCGGUUGUCGGCAAUGGGGACGAAGGCGAAAUCGUGUGAUGUAUGUGUUUUUUUUCAGGCAACUGACAUUUAGCCGGUCCACUUUGUUUUUUACAUUUGCAUAUAAAACAACUGCUGUGUACAUUCUCUAUACUCUAGUAGAGACUCCUACAAAAGUCAGGAGAUAUUGAGUUC